CCUCUAUCUUUCCACAACCAUCCGAUUAGAGUAGCUAGAAACCAUAGAGAUCAAACGUAAUUCACAAAAUGCUCUCGUUUCUCAUCCCAGUUGUACAGCUUUUUCAGGUGGUUAUCGCUGCCAUAGCAUCUGUAGUCUUCUUAGUGUUCGCCGGUAUAAGCCUCGGCGGCUCAGUCGUAGGACUAAUCAUAGCCACACCUCUUUUUGUCAUCUUCAGUCCGAUUCUCGUACCAGCCACUAUAACCACUACUCUCGUAGUCGGCGGGGUUGUGGGCGCCGCCGCCCUCGUAGUGACGGCAUUUGCUCUCGUAUUUUGGCUAUUUAAAUAUAGGAUUGGAGUAAAACCAAAGAACAAUCCACCUCCUAAGGGAGCCCCAACCAAAGCAGAUAUACCGGGAGCAACGUCAGGAGAUAAACCACCAGGAGGUAUUGCAGGGGGAGCGUCGGGAGGAACGUCGGGAGGAACUUUGGGGAAGAAAUCCGGAGGAGCGUCAUGGAAUAAACCCGGAGGAGCCAAGGGUGAUAAGCUCGGAGGAGCCAAGGGGGAUAAGCUCGGAGGAGCGAAGGGAGAUAAACACGGAGGAGCCAAGGGGGAUAAGCUGGGAGGAGCCGGAGGUAAACACGGUGGAGCGAAGGGGGAUAAACCCGGAGGAGCGAAGGGGAGUAAACACGGAGUAUUGAAAGAGGAUAAACCCGUUGGAGCCAAGGGAGAUAAGCUCGGAGAAGCCAAGGGGGAUACGCUCGGAGGAGCCAAGGGGGAUAAGCUCGGAGGAGCAAAAGGGAAUAAAUCCGGGGGAAUGCAGGGGAGUAAACCCAUUGGAGCGAAGGGGGAUAAACCCGGAGGAGCAAAAGGGGAUAAACCCGUUGGAGCGAAGGGGGAUAAACCAGCUGGAGGAGCGUCGGGAUGUAAAACUGGGGGAGGGACUGGAAAGAAACCGUGGGCUUGUUCGUAAGGAUGAUAUGUAGCAAAUUGAAACUUAAUUAUUUGGGUUUCAUAAAUUAAACCUAAUGUAGCUAUCCUAUUGACAUGUCUUAAUAUCAUUUGUAUUAAUGUGUACUAUAAAACACUGCACGCAUUUUUCAUUAUAAAUUUGUUUAUAUGAAGUAAUUCUUCGGUACUAACAUACAUGAAUGAGGCUGGAUCCAAGUUAA